AUGGAAGAGAUGAAAGCAGAGGAAGAGGCAGAAGACAUGAAAGAAAAUGAAGAGGAGAUGGAAGAGGAAGAGAUGCGAAUCACAGUGGAACCGGCAGUGGAUGAAGCAGAUAUAAUCGAGACGACUACAGAAGGAACUAAAAAGAGGAUCAAGACUAUCAGAGGGAAGAAAACGAGGACAAAGGCUGACGUGGAGCAAGCGAUUGAAGACACAAAUUUGGAAGGAAGUGAUAUCCUGUCUAUGAACGCUUCCUUCAAGAUAGGAGGUGAAAACACUAAUAUCCGCACAGACAGAAUCAAGGCAAGCUUGAGAGAUGCUCCGAAUGCCAAAUACUACUACCCACCUAAAGUCAUGGUCCCACUACCGACAUGCUUCUACAAUCCAUCCGGCUACGUCUGUUGCAAUCUGCAGCUAAACAAUUUGAUAGAAGACACUUUUGAGGAAGUCAAAAACGUGCAGGGAUAUAGUGCCUGCAAUAUAGCAAAAAUGGCAAACAUUAUGCAGCAAAAGAGCGAACAAAUGUUUGGCCACCCAUUCGAAAGCAUUGUUGCUUUGUCGGAUUUUGCCCAAAACGUGCACUUUGCAGGAGAUUUGGUCUGUAAGGUGGAAAUCGACGGAAAAUACAUGCUUACAUAUGCGACACCGUACGAUGCUGAUCACGCAGUCGAAGGCGUUGAGAUUUCUGAAACCCCAGCGCCAUUAGAAGAUGAAGAAGGAGAUGAGAGUGAAAGACGAGUUAGAAAAGAAAGGAAACCGAGGAAAAUU